UGGUGUAGGCGGUAGACUGCUAAUAUAAGACACCCCAUGUAUCACCGGUAAACAGAUUUUUUCAGGACCAGCCACCAGCUACUUAAACUGAGAUCAGACCUGCUACCAUGGGGCAGAGACUGAUGGGACACAUUCUGCCAGCUGAAGUUGCCUGCAGCGAUGCAAUAAUAGAGAUGGGCUCGGAGAAGUCUGCGCUCAUUCUCAUCAAACACUGCCAGGACAUGAAGCAACAGGAGAUGCGUCUCAGACUUAUCACUCUGCUCCUGGUGCUCCUUUGUACAGCACUGUACAUUUUUGCCAUCUGUACAGAUUUAAGGCAACAUGAAAAAUCUGGAUCCACUGGACAAGGGAGUGCAGUUGCGCAAAGUCCAGCCUACUCCAAGCAAGAGACAGUGUGUCCAGCAGCUACAGAUAAUCCUCAAAGGAACCCACAAAGAAUGCGCAUUCAUCUAAGGUCCGUGGCUGCAAACAACAGCACUGAUAGAGUAAACAUCGAAUGGAAAGUGGUGUUUGGUGAAAAAUACAUCGCAGAGAAACGUGCCAUUGUGAUUCCUGAGACAAGCAUCUAUUUUGUCUACGUGAGGAUUGCUUUGAGCUGCCAAGAAAAGGAUAAAACUGCAAGUUUCACAGGGUUCCAUGUAGUGCUUAACAAAUGGAAUGAAGGUUACAACAAGACUGUAGCCAUGACACAGGCCUCGGAUGGUAUAGCGUGCACUUCACAAGCGUUCCGGAAUGUGUUUGUAGGACGUCUUUUUGAGUUGCUGGAAGGAGAUCUUGUGAGUGUGUGGAUCGAAGAGGGCUACAAACUGAUCACAAAAGCAUCGUUUGGUGCUUAUCUUGCAUAGAGAAUGUGCCUUGAAAAGAAUAGGCCUAAUGUGUGUUUAGUGUCACAGUCUUAAUAAUGUAAUGGUUUUUUUUUAUUUAAAAUUGGGGUUGUUUAUCAUUCCCUAUCUACAAGCUUUGUAUGUUUUAAAGCAUUUACUGUCAAGGCUUAAAAUAGUAUUCAGGUUUGGAAUAUAUAAAGUAUAUACACAUGGGUGACAAAUUACAAGUUAUGUUGUUCCACCACAAGUCUCUGAAACAGCUUCAUUGGUCAUUGACAAAAGAUUCUGCUGGAGGUACAAACACAAUUCUUCCAAAAGAUAUUCACUCAUUUGGUGCGGAGAUGUGGCCUCUCCAAAGUCUCCCAUUGGUGUUCACCUGGGUUGAGAUCUGAAGACUGAAGGCCAUCAGUUUCAUCAGCAUGAGUAAAUGGGUUGCAAAACAUCAUCAUUUAUUUAUUCAGCCUUGUCCUUUAACUUGUCAGUGGACAAUAUUGUAUACAUAUAUAUAUGUGAGUGUGUGUGAGUAUAGUUUUCAUGAGUAAUAUUUAACUGAGACGACAUUGGCUCAACAAUUAAUACAUUUUCAUUGUCUUUGAAGUUUUGAGGUAGUUUGUUUCUUUGUCAUGUAAGUCAGUACACUCAAUUGUGAACUGUCAAAGAAUUUGGAUGCUGGAAAUGCCGGAACUAUGCUCUGUUGUUGAAGUUUAAGGCUGUUUGUUUAUUAUUGGAUUAAUCAUCCAUAAAUCUUAAGGGUUUUUUUUUUAAUUAACUAUUUAUAAUAAACAGUUGUUGCUAACAAUGUUUUAACAAUGUGAAUUGUCAAUUUCCUUGUAAGUUUAACCAAAUAACAAAAACAUAUUUACCCUCUUACCCCCAAUGUUAGUUUUCAUUGCUGAGACCUUUACUGCCACCCCAGUACAACAGAGGUGAAUGGAAUGUCAAAGUAUAGAUAUUUACUUUUAAAGAUAAAACAUUUGAAAUCAUUACAUCUCUCUUUGAAAACAUUACAACUCUCAGUCAACAGAUAUUAAUCAGUCAAUUUAAAUGUGGAGUAAGUGGGACAUUGCCUCUGGAAACACAUUUUAGUUUUUCCACAUGAAAUGUCUCAGCACAAAGAAAAUUCCAUUCACCUCCAUUGUACCGAGGUAAAUUGCAGGUUUUUAAAUUUAACAGAAAAAUGUAUCUUAAUGUUAGUUUGUGGCUUUGAAAUAAGGCAACUGUCUCUAUUAUUUAGUUCCUAGAUUAGCCUAGCGUUAGUUUUCACUUAAAUCUUUUUAAAUGAAUUCUAGUAAAAACUGCCAAAACGAUCUCAUAAAAGCAUAACAGCGUGCAUAAAUAUGUUAGACAGCUAACUAUCAGCAUCUAUUCAAAACAAUGCUCAAAACAUGCUAACUUUAUAGGGGGACUACAGCUAGUAAUACAUGGCAGCGCUAAUUUUAAAGAAAAACAUUUGUCUACAAGAAGGAUGUAUGGUGAAAAAAAGGGAACUGUAGAGGUUAAUUGUGAAAGUAUGGGUUUGUUUUAGAAAGGUGUCCAUAUGUUGUGUGUACUCAGGGAUUAUUUCAUAAAUUAUGAAGCACUAACUAUUUUUAGGAUUUUUGAAUAAAUGUACAAAAAAGUUUGUGUAUUUUGCAUGUCAUUCUAAGACAAGCAUCAAUUAUAUUCUACUGGUUUGUUUUGUGCAUUCUCAUGGGUGCAUUUGUGUGAUCACUAUAUUAUAAUGAGUCAGUUUCACUGUAUAACUGUAACCAUGGGAUUAAUUUACUUUUAUGAUUUUUAACUCUACUGGACUCAUUGGAUCAUUUAAAUUGGUCUCCUUACAUUGGGUUUUACUACAUCAGUAUUUUUUCUAUUAUAAUAUUAUUGUUGCAUUAUAGUCCCAUUGUUGCAUUAUGUAUUUAAAUGAACUGUACAAAUGUCAUGUUGACUUUUGUAAUUGCCUUCUUUUUGUGACCUAUGGAUUAUAUCAAGCACCUGUCUGAGUUCAUCUUUCCUUGUAAUCUUGAAGAGCUUGGUCUGAUUGCGAACUAUUGGUUCUGCUGUGGGCCUGUAAAGCCCACUUAGACAUUUAAUGUGAUAUUGGACUAUGCAAAUAAACUGGACUUAUAUA